UAUUUGAAAGUAUUGUGAACAAAUCAUACGUUGAAGGGGUAGAUAUCUACUACACAGCAAUCCACAAACAAUCGACAUACAUAUUUACAAUUGUAAUUGUUUUUUGUUUUUGGUUAAACGAAAGCCCACUGAAACCAAAACGCAUAGUCGUCACAUAAAAACUUAUUCCGUUGACAGCCGGAAGUUUGCGUUUGUGUCAUGUGUCGCUUGACAUACUGCUCCUCGUCUCGGUCUACAGCGCUGGAAGAAACCGGAGCGGUGGAUUCAAGUGUUUAACUCUGACUCUCCGUGUCUCUGAGUCCAUGACACAUAUCGCUCCUGCAGUUCAUAUGGGCUGUGGUCUGAAUGGCUGACGGAGGGGGACGAGGACCAAUCACGUGACAAGAUGCUGGCUCGCAACCGCUUCCUCCUUCUGGUUGUAGUGGGCGGAGCAGUGCUUGCCAUCAUCAGUCUCAGCCUUCAGUUCUUGAACCUAAUUCCCACCACUCCAAUAGUGGAGCAGAGACCUUUCCAGGCCGUAGAUGGAGGCGUCGGUGUGGCUCUGGGGAAGAGCAGAAAAAGAGUGUUCCCAGUGGUGCACGUCCAGGAAACCAACCCUGUGUUGGAGGCGUAUGGCUAUUGCAACACUCCCAACCACACGGAACAAGCCUGGGAGGGUCACAGUCCUGCCGACUACAAACUGCUCGCUGUUCACGUGAUGAUUCGCCACGGAGACCGUUACCCACUUUACUCCAUUCCCAAGACCAAACGACCCGCCAUCGACUGCACCCUGUCCUCAAGCAGGACUCCCACACACCCACUGCUGGACUCCUUUGUCAGACACAUGGCACAGGGAGGACAAGGCCACUGGGAGUCGCCACUGGGCUCACUCCCCCGUCUGCCCAACCACAAUGUCUGUGAGAUAGGCGAGCUGACUCAGACAGGUGUGGUACAGCACCUAAGGAAUGGGCAGCUCCUCCACCACGGCUACAAGGGCCACAAUCUCCUACCCUCUGAUUGGUCACCACGUCAGCUGUGGUUGGAGACCACAGGUAAGAGUCGGACCCUCCAGAGUGGUUUAGCCUUCCUCCAUGGUUUCCUCCCUGACUUUGACUGGACGAAGUUGACCGUGCGUCAUCAGUGGAGCACGCUGUUCUGCGGCGCAGCCUGUGACUGUCCAUCCAGGAACCGAUACCUGGAGGAAGAGCAGAGGAGGCAGUACCAGCUCCGAGUUGCAAAUGCUGAGUUGGAGAGAACUUACGUUGACAUGGCGCGGACUUUGGGUGUUCCCACUCGCCAGCUGCGAGCUGCAAACCCUAUAGACUCCCUGCUGUGCCACCUGUGCCAUGGCCUGUCCUUCCCUUGCGUGACUACAGGGGACAGCACAGGAUGUCUCACAAUGGCACAGUUUACUGCGAUUCGCCGGCACCAGCUAAACGACGAGGUGGAUAAGAGAAGAGCGGGGCUGUACCAUAAGUACGCGGUCCUGGCUAUGUACCCCUACCUCAACCGAACUGCAUCUAAGUUGGAGCGCGUUGCCAAAAACAGCGAGGCCGGUCGGCAGCCGCGAGCAACUGGUGAAGAGAUCUUCACCCUCUCUUCUGCUCAUGACGUCACCAUGGCCCCGCUGCUCAGCGCUCUGGGCCUGGAGGAAGCCAGGUUCCCGCGUUUUGCAGCCAGGGUGGUGUUUGAGCUGUGGAAGAGUCCGUCGCCAGCACAGCCGCAGCAGCAGCAGAAGAAGAAAGGUGGCAAAGUCAAAGAUGGGGAACCGUUCGUCAGGGUGCUGUACAACGGCGAAGAUGUCACAUUUCACACCACGUUCUGUCGAUCACAGGACCGCCACGUCCAUCAGCCUCUCUGUCCUCUGAAGAACUUUGUGUCUUUUGUCAGGAGAGACAUGUUCAGUGUUGUCAAUGCCACUUCCUACCAGGGGGCGUGUUUCAAACGCACUGGUUGACAGAAUUACAGAAAUGAAGAAGAAGAAGAAAUAACGCAGCAUUUUGAUACAUCCACAUUUUGCUAGAUUCCACUUUUGAAGCUGUUGCACUUUUAUGCCGUUGAUAGUGUCUUAAAAUUCCCAAAUAUAUUUUUACUCUACUUCUUUACUGUUGAUGAGCACAAAGUGAACAGCAAACACAUUUUACACAAACUAAUAUCAGGCAGAUUUAGAGUUCUCUUUUAGAGAGUACACAUUUAACAAACAUUACUUUUCAUGGAGAACUGAAAGCUUAAAGGUUAUUAAAUUAUUUCAGUAGUCUUAAAUGUAAUAUUCAUUCAGCAGGUACAAGUGCUCGGCCAUAAGUUUUUGUGGCAUAGUUUUGUUCCACAUUAACAUGAAUUGUUGUUCUUCAUUUGUUAUUUGCUACACAAUUGUGGUUUAAAUCUCCAUCCUUCCACAGUCUAAAGAUGCUCUAUUGGUUUGAGAUCCAGUGUCUGUGGAGGUCAUUAAAAUGCAGUAGAAUCGGAGCUCCUGUGGUGCAGCUGGUCAGUAACAAUACUCAGGUUAGUCUAGGUUAGUCUCACAAGUGUGGCCAGAUACCAGGCACCAGAUCCUUCCUUGUUUACAUCACAAGUCCUGAUCAGACCAGAUGAACACAGCAUCUGAAACCCAGACUACUGUGGUUGUUUGGUUAUUUCAGUUUUCUGUUCUUAGCUCAGCUACAGGGACACCUAGUGUCGGGUUUGGUUAGUGUAGCUCAAUUUAUGGCCAUGUCUGGCAUGCAGAAGAUCUCUUUGAAGGAAUGUGCUUGUAACAAAUGUUUUUGAGGAACUGCUUGUCUUUCAGCUCAGAUCAGUUUACCUUGGUCAUCAGGAGCCAAUCAGGUAUUUACAAAGAGUAUCACAAAUCACUGGUAAACCCUGCACAACGCUGUAUGGAAACCAAGAACCUCGCAAUUUUUCAAAGCCACAUAAAUCGUACCUCUUAAUGCCUAAAUGCACUGAGAUGCUGUUGGGUAAAUUCUAUAGAAGCUACAAAAAAUAAUAUACGUUAACAAGGAAAAUACUCAAAUAUGAAACUAUUUUUCUGGUUGUUUAUUGAUUCUCAAUUAUAACAUUUUUCAAAAGAUCUGCUCAAGAAAAUAUUAAUUCAAAUGCUGUUUUUUCUUUUCUUUUUCUUUACACAGGUAACCUUAUAACUGUAGUCUGACAGUAGACAUUUCCCAUUUUCAUAGUCUUAUCCUGUAAUGUUAACUGUCAACGGCUGAUCAUCUCUUUGAUAUGUACUGUGGUGUCCUCAUAGUAACACACACACAUCCUGUUUUUUCGGCACUGAGCCACUUUAUUCCUACAUUCCACACUACAGUGCGACUGUAAAUGUUUUUUCAGAUAAAAGGGAAACUGGAAGUUUUGAUGCUGAAUUUAACAUUAUUUUAAAAAUGGAUACGUCAAUAACUCUUUCAAUAACAAAAGUCUUUGAUCUGUUGAGUAUGAUCUAACUUAUUUACCAGUUUAGCAUUACUUUCACUAAAAGGCUAAUUGUUGUCUUUUAUCCUUUUUUAAUUUCCCUUUAGGGGCUCAGUAGACAUGACAUGUUAUGUUACAGAAAAACGUAUUAAAAAUGAAGAUAAACAUCAUGA